AUCAGAGAGCUAGAGAGAGUCAGCUAAUGGGAUUGAGGGAGCCAGAGCGAGGAGUAGAGAGGAACCGACAGAGUGAGAGACAGAGUUGGGGUACACCUGACCUCAAGAAGGGAGGGUAGUUCCUCUGCUAGCCCCCCCACACACACAUACACACACGCAUCGACACACACACACACACAAUACACACACACAGUGCCAACAGGCAGAGGCAGUGAGCCAGCCAGCAGAGAGCCUGUCUUCUAGCAGCCAUGACAGACCCCGCUUCUGGUUCAGUGUGACUCUCUCAUCGAGGCUCUAAAGGCCAUCAGUGUGAGCACGGAGGUGAUUGAGGAGGAGCUAAAGCCUCAUUUGGACACAGUGCUGGCUGCUCUUUUGGAAAAAAAGAAGGAUGCUGCUGUUGAGAUAGCCAGAAGUGGGAUUCUACCCACACUGGCUAACGCCUUGCGGAGCAAAAGCCCCCUUUCAUGCCAGGUGGCUCUGGUGGUGGCGGAGAUGGCCAGAGAAGCUGCAGUCAGGGAGCCGUGCAUUGAGGCCGGCCUGGUGAAGGUGUUGGUUCCCCAUCUGAACAGCAACAACCAGGAGAUGCUGCUGAACACCGGCAGGGCCAUCGGACGCAUCUGCUUCGACAACUCCUUCCAACAGGACCAGCUGGUCCAGAGUAGUGUAAUCCCCAGACUGGUAUCCAUUAUAAGGGAGUACCCAGAGAACGACCCCCUGGUCAACGUCUGCCUGCUGGCCCUCUGUAACCUGGCUGACAUGGACUCUGCGAGGGAGGCCCUGGCAGAGCUGGAUGUGGCGGGCGUACUGACGUUUCAGCUGAAACGGGCGCCGGAUGCCGAACGACGACACGUCAUCCUGGAAAUACUGGGCUCCCUGGGCGAGAGCGAUACACUGAAGCUGCAGUUUGCCGAGUCAGGCGUACCAGAAGCUUUAUCAGAGAUGAUUCGGGCUUUGCAGGGCGGAUCGGACCCCCACGAUCUCUGCAGCAUCAAGAUUGCCUCCAACCUCAUAGUGUCCCUGCUUUUAGGAGAUGAGUCAAUGCAGAAGUGUUUUGGUGAGGGCUCCGGUGUGGUGUAUCAGGACGUCCUGUCCUGGCUGCAGAGCUCCAACACCCAGCUGCAGCUGUCCGGAGCGCUGGCCAUCGCCAACUUCGCCAGGAACGACAGUAACUGUGUGAAGAUGCUGGACCUCGGCGUGGUUCCUCACAUCCUGACCUUGUUGGAGCAGCAUGUCGAGGAAGGAGACGUGUCUGUUCAACAUGCUGGACUGAGCGCGCUCAGAAACCUGGCCAUUCCUGGCACCAACAAAGUGCAGAUGCUGGAGGACGGGGUGACGGAGAGGAUAAAGACCCUGCUGCGCUCGGACAUGCCCCCAGUUCAGUUCAAACUGCUGGGUACGCUACGCAUGAUGGUGGACGGACAAGAGGAGGCAGCUUUGGUGCUGGGGAGGGAUGCUGUGCUGCUGGCCCGGAUCAUGGAGUGGUGUGAAGCCAAAGACCACGCAGGAGUCCGUGGAGAAGCCAGUCGCCUUUUGGCUGCCCUCAUCAGACACAGCCGCAGCCCCGAAGUGGUCCAUGCUGUAGCCAAAGCUGAUGGGAUUCGGCACCUUAUCUCCAUGGCGACAAGUGAACAUGUCAUCAUGCAGAACGAGGCCCUGGUUGCCCUGGCGAUAGCAUCUGCCAUUGACAUUGAGUCUAUGAAGGAUCCGUUUGGGGAGGCGGAGCUCUUGCCCAUGCUGAAGAAGAUGUUGGAGGACCCCGCAGGGGCAGUGGAAGUCAAGUUCAGUGCUUUAGGUCUCAUCUGCAGCCUGGCCAACUCCAAUGUGAUGAAGGUGGAGUUAACGUCUGUGGAUAUGAAGGAGAGUCUCGGUAAACUGACAGAUCACAGCAACAGUAAGCUUGCCUCGCAGGCCGGCUCCAUCCUGGCCACCCUGGGUGACCCCAGCUAAACCAGCCCCCCGGGAUCCCAUCGGCUGUAUGGAUUUAUCCAGCUCAUCAACAUACUUGAAUUCGAAUGAUCUUACUCCACAGAUUAGCUAAAAUUGAAAUGGAUUCUAAAAUUUCACCUGUUGUGGCAAUAAUUACUAAUUAGUACAAGCAAGACCUUAGGUGUAAUUUGCAGGGGGGUUACAACCCCCCAAUAAUCAAAACUGGCCAGUGCAUCCCCCAAAAAAUCAUAAUUUCCUUUAUUAAAAUAAAGACAUUUGCACCAUAACUUUAUGCAGAAAAGGCACAAACUGUUGCAAAUUCCCCAGAAUGCAGAAAAUGAAGUGUUUGAUUUGCACACAUUGUGACAUUUUAUAUAUGAUAGAAUUUGUGAAUGAUGACCAAAUGAUUUGUUAGAAAAUGUAAAAGAAAUAAUUUGGAAUGUUUGGAUUCAUUAUUUGGAUUGCUGUUAUGUAGUUGCAACUGAUGAUUAUAAAACCUUUGUAAUGGUUAAUAAAAUAAUUUGUAAAGCACGUACACACAUUAUUUAGCUUAUUAUUAUUAUACAUUCACAAAUAAUCUUUUAUAGAUCACCAAAAAUACUCCACGGGGGCCAAAUUGAUGUUACUUGAUUCUUCAUUGUCGAACAUUUAUUCAUUAUUAUAAGCAUUAGUUACAACUUUAUAAUAGCCACCAAAAUAAUGUUUAACAUACCUAACAUUUCCAAUAAUAAGUAAACAUUAUAGAUCAUCAGUUCAUGUUUGUCUUUUUCUAAAAGUUGAUGUAUGCGGCAAAAAGCGACAGGAAAUGGAUCUCAUCAGUGGACGGCAUUGUCAUGGCGACAAUGUGUGUUCAAUGUGUUGGUCAUCACGUGACCAACACAUUGAACAACUUAAUUAACCCUCGUGUUGUCAUCCUGUCAAAAUUGGAAAUCAACACUGUAGUUGACGCUUUUUAUCAAUAUUUUUUACUUUUACUCAUGUUUUUGUCCCUUUUUUCAACACUUUCGACGCUUUUUCUCAACGUUUGUCUCUUUUUUUGACGUUUUCAACACUACGUAACACUAAUUUAUUAACUAGUUUUCCAGUUAUUUUUGGAAUUUAUGGUCAAUAAACAUAAUUUGUAGGAAAUUAAACCUAAUGUUUGAGUUAGAAAAGCAGAAAUUAGGAAUCAUUGAGACUAAAAUUAAAGAAAUGGAUGUUGAUGGAUAAUCACAGACUGGAAUAUGUCAACUUUUACUCAAUACUAUUUCAAAAACACUUCAAUUUGUUUUUUUAAAUGCUAUUAAUUGAAUAAGACGCCCCAAAAUUAAUGAAAGUAGAGAUUUGUACUUGCCAAAGAGCGUUGGGUGGAAUCAAUCAUAUUAUUUUGGGGAAUUACAAUUUGGUAGUUAAAAUGAAUAUUGAUACAGGAAAACAUGUCUUUAAAAAGUCUGUGCAGAAACAUAGUUUGAGUUGGAAUAAAUAUUUAAAUGGAGUUUAAUUUCAAUGACAAAUCAAGUCACUGUCUAUGGUUGCCGAUUUUAAAGUGAAUGAUUUGGGAGUGCAAAUCAACGGUAUAAAAUUGACUUUAAGACUGGUAUUUUUUAAAAGGCUGAAACCCGGUCAAGGCGACCAAAGACUUUCUCCAUCACCAAAAACCAUUCCUACAUAACCAACUCCACACGCUCCACUCUGUAAAUCACCGCUGUCAUCCUGAACAGCAUCCUGAGCUGCAUUAACUAGCAGUGCACCUGCAUGGCCUUUAGGCACAACACGGACUUAGUUAGGGGUCAAAGAUCAUCAUUUGAGUU